UUUCUCUCUAGCUUAUAGCAAAAAGAGAAAGAACAAACAUACAGAACUUCCAAAGAUUCAAAUUUUACAUAAAUGGAAUCGGAGAAGAAGCAUAUAUUUAGACUACGGAAUUUGAUCGGCUACUUUCAAUCCUCUACUACUGGAACUGCAGCAACAGCAACAGCAACAGCAACAGCAACAGUCAUAUUCAUGAUUCUUGUGCUUGUCCAUCCUUCAGCUACUGCUUAUUCUCCAGAUGAACUGCAACACCCUCGAGUCUCAGUUGGCCGACAUCUCCUCCAAACUAUAAAAGAUUGCCCGGUCGAUUUUCAGCACUUGAACUACACAAUCAUAACAAGCAGAUGCAAAGGACCCAAAUACCCAGCCAACAUAUGCUGUGAGGCUUUUAAUGAUUUGGCAUGCCCUUACGGUCCAACCUUAAACGACAUUACCAACAAUUGUGCAACCACCAUGUUCAGCUAUAUCAAUCUCUAUGGCAAAUACCCACCAGGCCUUUUCGCCAACAUUUGCCGCGACAGUAAGCGUGGUCUUGAGUGCACUGCAGCUCAGACGUCCAAGUCCUCUCACGCCACAGCCAGUAGUAGUACUAUUGCUGCAGCCACUCCUACCAUAGUUCUCCUCUUAAUUCUAAUUUUAUACUGCAUGUUCCAGUAAUUUCUUGUUUUUUUUCUUCAGUUUCACUUUGUUAA